AUGCCCAACCGAUCCCAUGCGCGCAAGACCAUCGAUGGAGCAUUUCUCCAUGCCUAUAUUAUGGGACAAGAUUCUUACCCUAUUUCCUACGACCAGCAUAUCCGCGCUACAAAGUAUAGAGCACUAGCCAUCUAUGGCUCAUUCACUUGCCAGUCACUUAGUUGCGCUAGUCGCACUUGGACCUCAGGCAUCAUCGCCACUGAACUCAAAUUUUCGAAUGUUGACAACUCGUACCACACGACUAUCCAUUCACAGAGAUGUAAGGACUGUGAGCAAUAUGUAGAGCCAUCGGUCAAUAUAGACGAUUAUACAGAGAAGAUACUGUGGGUCUUGGAUUUGUGGAGAGGCCACAGGAAAGCGAUAAAACAGACUGAUAAUAGAAGUUCGGAUGGGCCUCAUGGCGAUGAACGCUGUCAUGCAUGUGUCGUUGGUUCGUGUCCUUGGAAGACCAGAAGACGCUGA